AUGUCCUUCUCGCACAAACGAAAGGCCCACUCGCAUGGGGUUUCUAUCGGUUGCACUGAUGACACGAUCAACGAAGACGAUCGACAGCAGCAACAGUCAGGUCGGCGCCGUGUGUUCCUGUUGCCAACUGCGGACACUAGCGACGAGGACGAUGAUGACGCGUACGCCGAAAUAAUGUCUGCAAUCGCCGCGACUGAGAAGCGCGAGCUGGAACGUUGCAAUGAACGCAAUCGCUGCUCCAUCGAAUCGCUGGAGCAACCUGACACUGAUCUUAAAGUGUUCGAUGACCACGGAGCAAUGCUUGACCACAAGUUUGAUCGGCUAGUGUCGGAAGUACACGGUUUGCGUGAUCAAAUUGGAGAUCGCAUUGAAACGUUGAACCGACGGUUAACGCAGACAAACCGGCUCUUCCUGGCGCAUCAGGACUAUGGUCAGCGAUCGAACCGGGCCGGGGAUCUGCUACUGGCAGGUAUACCAACCGAUUACGAGGGUGAAAGACUGCGCGAGUGUUUCGUGCGUAUUGCACGUAAGCUUGGAUACGCCGAGAGUGAGAUUCCGAUUGUGCACAUCCGGCGUCUCGAACUCGGUACAACUACUCCGACUACCGGAAAACCACCUUUACCUACGCGCUAUAGUGCCAACGUGCUCGACAAUGUCGGAAGGACUCGUAGUUCUUCCAAAAUGCGAGCGGUAGUUGUUCAGCAGCCGCAACCGGCCGCCGUUCACGUGCAGUUCGUUUUCCGGAAUGCACGAAACGAGUUCUAUCGGCGGUAUCAAGAAGGAGGCCGUGGUGGCACCGGGUUGUCAUUUCAAGAGCUCGGCUACGACGGAUCCACCGAGCGGGUGUAUGUGAGCGAAAAUCUAACCCGUAGCAAUGUCAGCCUCAAGGCAGAGGCAAUGCGAUUGAAGCGCGAUGGCAAGAUCAAAAGUGUUUUCACCGUGAAUGGUCAGAUCUACGUGAAGCGAUCGGUUGAUCAUCGGCCCGAACUGAUCACCAAUAGCGUUGAUCUGCUGCUGCUCGACGAGAUCAAGAUGAAAGCAAACAAAGAUUUCUACCCACGGGUCCUGGAGCACAUCAUCAAUACACAGUCACCGCAAGUGCUGUGUCGAGAUUACAAGGAGAUCCUGGGCACGCUCGAUAUCAUCUCCACCGAUCAAGAUGAGUCCGUGCGGUUGUAUCUGGCCUGCUGGCUGCAUAAGUACUGCGCGAGCUGGUUCAGUCGAGACCUGGACCAGCAGAGCAUAUUCAGCAAAGCAUUCCUGGAGAAGAUCCUGCAGAUCAUCCUCCGUUACUUAACAGACGAGCCGAAUGUUCGCGCGUCGACAUUCGAAUCGCUGACGUAUCUGAUCGAGAAAGGCUACCUGGAUCGCGCCACGACGCUUAAGCUGAACAUCGUCGAGGAGCUUGUCAGUAAGCCGAUCAAUGAGCAGUUUAUGGACAUGUGCACCAACUACAUCCAUCUGAUGGUGAAGAUUGCUCCGCUAGUGGGAAGCGCCAAGACGCAGGAGCUCUUGUACAGUCGCUUCGUGAAAAUGUGUACCUGCAAGAUCAACUUCGUGCGCAAGGAAUGUGCGACCGCCUUCCCGGUGAUGUGCGAAGUGCUCGGGAAUGACGUGUUCGAGAAAAAUCUGCAGCCAAUAUUCAUGAAGCUGUGCGAGGACGAAACCUGGACCGUACGCAAGGCCUGCGCGGAAGUCAUGCCGUUCAUCGCGCUGCUCUGUUCACUCGAGAAACGCCGGAAGGUGCUUGUGCCAGCCUACAAGAAGUUCAUGUUUGAUACUAGUCUUUGGGUGAUCAAGGCGGCACUGAAGAACCUAGGUCGAUUUUUGGCGACAUUCGCGCAGCUGCAAAUACUCGGGUUGGCGUACAACAGCAGUUUGGAGCUGUCGAUCACGAAUGCGGCGGACGAGGCGUUCCAGGAGCUGAUGGGAAAUGCGCGCCAGCUCGCACACGGCAGCCAACAACCAGCCGCCAGCGUGCUGCUGAAGAACUUCGAGUCGUACGAGCAACGCUUCAAGGAUUCGAUCCAGCGACACGCGUUACUUUCGCUGGUUAAGUCGGCGGAUGACGACGGACCGUCAUCGUGGAAAACAUCGUCACCGAGGGGCGAGGAUCGCAUCAACGUCGAGGCAUACCUCACGUCGGUCGUGUUCGUCGAAGAGCACCUGUCGCAGCGCCAGUCGACUGGUUCGACCUCGGAUGAUGGUGGCGGUGGCAUAUCGAAGCUGACCGACUUCUACUACGUGCGCCACAAGUCACUGUCGUCCAGCUCGUCGAUCGCGUCCACCUCACCAACGCCGUCCCCGCUGUACCGCACCAACCAGAGCUACGAUGAGAAGAAUCCGCUCAAUCGGUUCAUGCGCUACUGCUCGCCACUCAAGAACAACUUCGAGCACGCGUUCGCCAACCCUUCCGGCAGUGAUGGUGGCGAUCAGGGCGGUGGCAGUGACGCUUUCGACAACCACGGCCAUUGGGACUCGGAGGAUGAUAACUUUGGUUCCAAUCAUCUGCAUCACCUGCCGGAUCUCAGUCUGGCUGGACCGGACGUGGAGGAAGGCGGUGGUAGCGGAGUGAUCUACGAUAGCGAUAAUCCAAAGCACCUGCAGGCUGACGGUGGCGGUGGUGUUGGAGGUGUCGGUGGGCUGGACUUCAUAAUGGAGGCUGGCGAGGAGGACGAAAACGCGAUCGACGAGUGUUUCAAUUCGCAUCAGUUCUGGUACAUUAGUCCCGGGCUCGCGCUGGAUCUCGAGUUCAUCGACAAGGAGGAAUCGCCAGCGGCUGACGACGAGGAGGCUGAGCAGGAUGCGGGGUGCAAAGAUGCAAGCAAUAACAACACCACUGCGGCGGUCUGCGAGAGGGCACCGGUGGUAACCGCUGAAAGCACCACUGAGGACGACAGCAGGAACAACAACCUGACGCAGCAGACGACCACUGGUGAGGAGCAGCAGCAGACCUCGUCUUCCGCCGCGCUCGUGGUGGAGGACAACGAGAACCAGAACGAUAGCGACUCCAGCUACGGCAGCAUCAACAACAACGAGUCCGACAACAGCAAGCUUAUCUACCUGUACGAGGAUCUACUGCCUUCUCAAUCGCAAACGGGGGCGACGUCGGCGGCAGCAGCAGCCGGUGGUGGUGGUGGUCCGGUUGCAGGCACGUCCGGUGGAGCCGGUAGCAGCAGCAGCACGGUUACGCCAACUAUGACGACAGUGGAGCGUUUCCGGGCGGCUGAGCAGCUGAAGACACAGAUCCGCUGGGAGAACGAGGAGGUCGAGUGGAACCUGUUGGAGGAUUUCCUGCACAUGAAAAACGUGAACAAGGAGCUGUGCCAGGACUGCGCGUACAACUUCCCCGCCGUGGUACUCACGUUCGGCGACAAGUUCUGGCCGAUCCUAUGCCGGUACUUCUUCGAUCUAUGCGCCGAUGUCCAGGAUUCGGUGCGACGCACGAUGGCCGCGUCGAUCAGUAAGAUCGCACUCAUCAUCGGGCGUGAGCAGGCGACGCGCGAUCUCGUACCGUCGUACACCGAGUUCCUGCUGGACGCGGACGACAUCAAGUUCGAGGUGGUGCGUACGCUGGCCGAAUUCCUGCGCGUGAUCGACGCCUGCGAGCACGAGACGCUCAUGAACCAUCUUGGCAUGUGCCUGCAACCGCCGCUGAAGAUUAUGAAUUGGCGCUUCCGCGAACUCGCUGGUCAACAGAUCAUCGAGCUGGCGCGCAUGCACACCACGAUCCGCAAGGAAAACUGUCUGCUCUUCCUCACCGGGCUCGCGAUGCGCCUCAUGCUAGACAAGUACGACAGCGUCCGGAAGGCCGGCAUCGAUGCGUUCGUCGAGUGCAGCCACGAGUUCCAGCAAAACGAAAAGGUGUUCGAGUUCUUCAACAAGCACUUUGCCUUCGACAGCAACUGGCGACGCCGACAGGCGUAUGUGAUAGCGGCUGGAAAAAUGAUCGAGACUGAUCGUGUCGAGGUGAAAAUCUUUCGCAAACAUGUGUUCAACAAUGUGCUCAAGCUAGCCGACGAUGCGGUGCCGAACGUUAGAAUACAAGUCGCCAAGUGCCUCAAAGAAAUCAUUGAACCCCAUGAAAAAUUUGCAAACGAUCCUCAGGUUGAGUCAACGCUGCAAAAGCUGCGCAACGAUAAGGACUGCGACGUGCGGGGCCACGUAGACGGCUACCAGAGCCUGGAGGAGGAGAUGGCUGCGGCCACUGUCCACUCGACCGCAUCCAAUGCCAGUACGGUGAUGAUGACAUCGGGUGAAAGCGACCAAGAGCAGCAGUCAUCGUCGCCGUCGACAGGCUGUUCCUUGUCGGAGUCACUAGUUUCAUCGCACCUUUCGUACGCGGAAAUCACGAGCGGUUAUUUCGAUUCGGCCAUGUCUUCACUUACGCUCGACGACCAUCAGUUCUCGUCGGGUGGCAUGCGCAAAGAAGGAGGAGAGCUGCUUCCCUCGAGCCAGCAGGAAGGACGAGCAGAGCGUGGGAAUGAGGCCAGUGGCUUACCACCCAUCCACCACACGGUGAACGAAACGAAAACCGAGGAACACGAGCAAGAAGACGACGAUGAUGAGUGUGGCGAGGAAGCGAUCGAGCAACCGACCUCCUCCAUGUCGACCGACGAUGAUGCGGCCUACUGCUCCGAGAUGGAUACGUCCUCGAACGUGUCCACACCGUCGGUGGCGGCGGCGCUUACCACCAUUCCAUCACAGGAACCGGUAGUCACGGACAGCAGCGGCCAGGUCGUGCCUAUGUCCAACAGUACGGAAGAUUUUCCGGAACUCGUCAAUGGCGAAAGUGGACCGGCAGCGCCGCAAACAAACUUCGUCAUGGGAGGCGAUAGUGGUUCUGCAUCGAAGAAGGGAUUUGAUGGAGGUGCCACCACUACCGGAACUGGCAACAGCAAUACCAGCAGCAGCAGCAACACACCGAAGAUAAAGGACACCUUCUUCCGGAGGCGCAGCAAAGGCAAGAAGUAACCUGCCGGUGGCGAUAAGGCGCGCCAAUAUCCACGCCCCUACUACUUAGAUGGCACAGCGCGAAUCACGUAUAGGAGUAGAAGAAUAUGAUGGCCCGUCUAGAAGGGGGAGGCUGUUAGUACUAACUUCCACAGGCGUUAUUGUGUUCUCGUGUAGCCAUUUAUGGGUUUUUAGCAGAAUUAGAGAUCAAAUCCGUUCGCGCACCUUGACCACCGAUAGAAUUCAAACGAAGUAGUAAAAAAGCCAUGAGGGAUGAAUACGGAACGAGGAUAACAACUCCAUCAUACUUACACACACUCGCUCGCGCGCACAUACACACACACACACACACCUUUAAUCACACGCGUUAAAUUUGGAUUACUUAGUUCAGUAGGUUCGUGCGCACAGAGAGGUUAGGUUUUGUUAAUUUGCUGUGCUACUCUACUCUUGCUUACAAAGGGAGUGCGUGCAGUUGUGUAUGAGUGUGUGUAAGUCGCUUCUGUAUUUCAACCCUAAAACCCGUUCGGAUUUAAGUUUAGGAUCGCUAGGCACAGGGAGCAGUGGACGAAGCUGUACCUCAAAAGAAGGAGAAACCAUUCGUUUUUUUCUUAUUUUUUUAACGCCACCGUCUGUUGUCUUUAUUUAGUUUCCUGCAAAAAGACCGAGUGGGGUCGUGAAAGAGAGAUUGUGAAAAGAGAAAGAACAGAGACAGAGUUGUGAAGGUGGGGUUGGCCGCCGUGCCAGGGAAUGGACGGACGGGUGUACGUACACGCAAGGUUUGUUAAAUAAUAUCUACCGCAUAGAAACCGGUGUUUCUGUUAUAUCGUUCCAAUGAAAUUCAAGUAGCACAGGCGCAGACGGAAAGGAUGCAUGUAGUUGACAGGAGCAGAACGAAGGAUAGAAGCGGAUGAGAGGAAAUAUUAUACUUUAAAAACGAAUUAUGGACUGCUGUAACGAGAGAAGCACGAUGUGAUUAAAGAAGAUAAAGAAAGAUGUAA